AUGGCUGCAGGACGUGCAGGUGGAGUCGAUUGUCCAACGAUACGGAAAGUGAAGUGCGACGAGACUCGGCCAGCAUGCAAUCGAUGCGUAUCGACUGGCCGGACCUGUGAUGGCGAAAUUGGCGCAGCAUCCCUCCCAGUCUCUUCUCGUGGUCGGCCGCUGCUCCCUGCUACAUCGACGGGCUCCUCUUCGUCUUUGUCUGGCAAGACUGUGCCCUUUUGGCAGAGCAUUAGCCAUGACUUGACCGACCGAGAGAGAUACGGCUUUGAGCAUUUCCAGAACGUGACGGCCCCGGCCUUGCAAGCGAUUCUCCCCUCACCGGAAUGGGUUUCGACGGCCUUGCAGCUGAGCGUUCGAGAACCCACCGUAUUCCUCGCAAUUACCGCCACAGGUACCAUGGCAAGAGCUCUCACCGUGCUAAUGCAUUCCUCCUUUCCCCGACCCCUCAUCCAAGAACCGGCACUGGAGGCGACGCGGCAAUAUGGAAAAGCCCUCAGACUGUUGAGGUAUCGGUUGAAUACGGCAGCGUCGAUGGAAGGCGGCGCCGAAUCCACGCUACUUGUUUGCCUGCUUUUCGUCUGCUUCGAGACGUUCCGGAGCCAGAAUUCGGCUGCUGCACAGCAUGCCCACCUCGGGUGGAAUCUUGCAAAGAGUUGCUCCUCAUACACGCAAGGGAUGUAUAGCCCAAGUGCUAGAUUCUUCGAUUCCGUCUUCAGUCAGAGCAAUGGAAUGUCCGCUUUCUUUGUCGAUAAGCAGCAUCACGACCUGGACUGCUGCUCCGACUGGCGUGACUUGUCAUCCACUUCGUUCAAAUCGUGGAAGGAAGCCGUCAUAAACCUCAAUGCACUCGCAACAGCUGGCGAUCAUCUGAGGGCCGAGUUCUUUCAACUUGCCAAGGCAAGGACAUCGUUCACCUUAGAUUCCCGCGUCAGCACCAACGGCUUCUGCUUCUGCCUGACAGCUUGUCUAAGCAGGACGAUCGCCAUCUCUGGCAUGCAAGCAACCCGAUUACAGCAAUUGCAAAUAGCGCAUAGACGGUGGAAGGAAGCAUUCGUUGAACACGAAGAUAAGCUUAAGCGGAGAGACCUUAGAACAUUUCUCCUACUGCGCACCAAACACUUAUAUUCAAGCUUCACGCUCGCCACAUGUCGCGAUAGCAACGAGUUACCGACAGACCACUUUACGAACGACUUCGCAGAUGCCCUGGAUAUGGCCGAGCGUUACGUGAAGGAGGAGGGAAAGCCAAUAUCUGCCACGGGACAGGAAACGCAAACCCAGAUCCGUUUCUUUGGCUCCAGCAUCCUCCCGACUCUCGAUCUCAUCGCCCACAAAUGUCGCGAUCCGCAGCUGAGGUAUCGAGCAAUACACUUGUUGAGCAAGAUCCAAAAGCAGGAGGGUUUGGAGGACAGCCAGGCUCUGAGCAAAUAUGCCCAAGCGGCGGCCGAGGUGGAGGAGGGCAGAGCUCAGAGUAUUCUCGGGUUGGAAGAGAAGCUGCUGCCAUCGACACUGCCGGAAGAAGCGAGGUUUUCGGACGUCGUCACGGUCGGGGAGGGAGCUCGUCAAAUCUUCAGACUUAUUUGUGCGAGAUAUGUGGACGCUGAGUCUGCAUCGCAGGAGAUCGAGGUGGUGGAAUAUGAAGCUGGGAGCGUACCUCUGCGGUUGUGCUCUUCGCAGAGAGUGUUGGUGUAG